UCGGACACCGGUCUGGCGCCCCCCGCCCUCUGGGACUUGGCUGCGGACAAGCAGACCCUGCAGAACGAACAGCCCCUUCAGGUCGCCCGCUGUACUAAAAUCAUAACCGCCGACAACGAGGACUCGAAGUACAUAAUCAAUGUGAAACAGUUCGCUAAGUUUGUGGUGGAUUUGGCGGACACUGUGGCCCCCACUGACAUCGAGGAGGGCAUGCGGGUGGGCGUCGACCGCAACAAAUACCAGAUCCACAUCCCUCUGCCGCCCAAAAUUGAUCCCACAGUGACUAUGAUGCAGGUCGAGGACAAACCGGACGUGACUUACAGUGAUGUCGGCGGCUGUAAAGAGCAGAUCGAGAAGUUGCGGGAAGUCGUCGAGACUCCACUCCUUCAUCCCGAACGGUUCGUUAAGUUGGGAAUAGAGCCGCCAAAGGGUGUCCUACUGUUUGGUCCUCCGGGAACCGGUAAGACUCUGUGCGCUCGUGCCGUCGCCAACAGGACUGACGCCUGCUUUAUAAGAGUUAUCGGCUCUGAAUUGGUCCAGAAAUACGUCGGAGAGCCACGCGCCCGCUUUGAUGACGGGGCCGGCGGUGACAAUGAAGUGCAGCGAACAAUGCUUGAGCUCAUCAACCAAUUGGAUGGCUUUGAUCCGCGCGGAAACAUCAAAGUAUUGAUGGCCACCAAUAGACCCGAUAUAUUAGAUCCGGCGCUUAUGAGACCCGGAAGGCUCGACCGUAAAGUGGAGUUCGGUUUACCAGAUCUGGAAGGAAGAUCCCAUAUCUUCAAAAUCCACGCGCGAUCUAUGAGUGUGGAGAGGGAUAUCAGGUUUGAGUUGUUGGCCCGACUCUGUCCCAACAGUACAGGUGCUGAGAUCCGGAGUGUAUGCACUGAGGCCGGUAUGUUCGCCAUCAGAGCGCGCAGGAAAGUGGCCACAGAGAAGGACUUCCUCGAGGCCAUCAACAAAGUCAUCAAAUCAUACGCUAAAUUCAGUUCUACUCCGCGUUAUAUGACUUAUAACUAG